UUCUGACAGCUGUCAACAUGUGAUCCUAACCUAAAUUCAAAUUUGUUUUGUGUAAUAUUUGUUGAUUCUUAGUUUAUUGUAUAAUGUUGUUUUUGUAGUUUUUAAACCACCAUGACAAAAAGAGUUUCCAAUUCCAUAGAGAAGAACACCAAGAAGCAGAAAUUGGAUGAUGAUAUUGAUGCCUUGUGGGGCGAUGAUUUCGAUGAUAGUAUCUUGGAGGAUUGUAUCAACCGGGCCACCCAAGUCCUGAAUGAAGAUAAAGACAAUUUGAAUGCCAGUAUACUACCGAGUUAUAAUGCUUUCAAAGAACCAGGCAAAAUUUGUUCUUCCACUCAGUUCGAAAUGAGCAUACGACCUGGAACAAGCAAGACGAAUUUGAACAAAGAAAAUGUAAUCAAUUAUGAAAAAGAAAUCCAAAGGCUUCAACAGCAAUGCGAGGAGAAAGCUGGAGAAAUAUCUAUCUUGAGGAAUCAACUUUCUGAGACUAAAAUGCAUAUCAAUAUUGAACAGCAGAAGUCUCAGGGUGAAUGGAAAAAUAAAUUGGGUAUCAAAGAAAAGCAAAUUCAGUCUAUGAAAAGUGAACUGGAGUUUAAAAAUCUUGAGAUAGCGAAUUUGAAGCAGAGUCAGAAAGUGGUGGAUUUUUCCAAGUUUUCUCUCAAUGCCUCAAUGAACACUUCAAAGAUGGGAACAAGCAAACAAAUUAUAAAGCAGACAGUAGUAAAAACUGUCACAGAACAGUCCAGAGCAGCAAAAGACAAACUCCACAUAAUCGCAGAUCCAGUGUAUCCUUUGAAGAGACUGGUAUCGAAAAUGACAUUGAAUAACCCAAAAAUUGAGAAGCACAUCAUUGAAAACAAACUGACACAUUCAUCCAAGAAUGCUAUUCCCUACCUCAAAAAUCAGACUGUAUCUACCAGUGUAGUGGUUGAGGAAAGUCAUGUGGAUAUGGAUAACGUUAUUCCUGUAAUGGUUGAGUUGGCAGAGUGCACCAAAGAAGAGUUGAAUAUGAGGGAAAACAUCACGAAUAUCAAUAAGGUAGUCUGCAUAAGCCUGCAGUUGCUCACAGAUUUGGAAGACUUAUUGGAACGAAUCAAAAAUAAUUUGGGUACCGAGGACAUUUUAGAAGCUGACUCUAUUUAUUUGAAGAAGAAUUUCUUGGACAAGUCAUGUAAAAGAGAUGAAAUGGGUAUGAAAUCUGGACUAGUCGUAAGCUUUCUUGCCGAGUUGUUUCCAUAUUGCGAGUAUCUGAGUAGGUAUAUCCUUGGAGAAAAAUUAAUCAAUUUAUCGGAACAAGACUCGAUUGUGAAACAGUUGCCGUACAUGUUAUCAAAAAGGUUUCAUACUGGGCUUCAUUUUUUGAAUAAACUCAUCAACAUCGCCAAAAUUAUUGGUGAGAUUAGAAAAGCAGAGGCAAUGUCGACGUUCCUAAGAUCAUCACUGACAGUAUUCACUAACAUUUGUAAACUGAAGAAAUAUGAAUCUGAUUUUCUUUUCAGCCCCGAGUUGGUCUGUUCCUUCACUAGAGAGCUGAUAUUUCUUAGGCCUCCUCCACAGAUUGUUCUUGAUAUAACAUAUUUGUUCAAGGAGGCAUCUCAGUGUACGUCUUUUAUCGAAUUCCUAUUGAACAAAGCGAAAAGUUGUUCCACUACCAAAAAAGGAGUUGUUUAUUUCAAUAAUGAUGCCUGUCGCUUCUAUAUCUUCGGCCUUAUGUUUGACAGGUGUAUAUACAAGUUAAAUAGUAUCCCACUAGAUGUCAGUUUGAAUUUGCUGUGCUUUAUGUACAACACCUACAAGUCCUCUUUUUUUGUACAUCACCAGAAUGCGAAAGAGUGUGAAUGCCUUCCUCAGUUGUACAAAUUAGAAGUAGAAAUUUUAUACCGAGCUUUAGAACGACAUAAAGAAUUCAAGAAUGGGCAAAGUACAAAUGAAUGGGAUACAUUUUUCAAAAAUAAAAUAACGGUGAAGAUGCUGAGUUUGAUGGCAUUCCAUUCUUAUGAAUUAGCAGAAAAAUAUAUAACAGUCUAUUCUCAGUUCAAAGAAAUUGAAAGGCACCUACAGGAGGAAGAAUCACUGGAUUUAGAUAGGCUAAAUAUCAACGAGGAUAUGCCAGAAAUCGAUAGCAAGAAGUUCGAGAACAUUAAUUUCGAAUGAAGAUUAGACGGUGCUUCUCAACGGUUUUAUUGUGUAGCCUGUGAUCAAGUUAUUAUAUUAAGAGAAAAUAUUUUUGUAUUUUCAGUAUAUAGUGUGUUUAAUUGUUAUUGAUUGUUUGUAAGUGUACAUAUUUGGUUAAAUAGUACAGCGUUUCUUAUUGCACUUCAUCUGAUAUCUGAAAUGACAUUUUUUCUAACCCUCUCUACUAUUAUUGCUGGCAAGUUCAGUAUUACAAAUCAUUGAGAAAAGAUUUGAAUA